GGCCACUGGAGUACAGUGAUCUAACUGUCAUAUUCAUGGAACCAAAUGAGACAACUUGUGCAUUGUGAGAUGGUGCAAGAUCAUACUGGAAGUAGCCAAUAUAAGAUUGGUAAACUAGUAAACUGUGGCGCCAUAAAGGGAUGCACGUGGUCAGCAACAAUACUCAGACAGGCUGUGGCAUUCAAACAAGGCCACACCAGCCUCAACUACUGACACGAGGCAGGUUGGGUCCAUGGAUUCACACUGUUGAUGCCAAAUUAUGAUCCCAUCAUCUGUAUGUUGCAGCAGGAAUUGAGAUUCAAAUGACCAGGUGGUAUUUUCCCAAAUCUUCAACUGCCUGUGAAUACAGUAGCAGAUUCCAGUUCUUGGUUGACAGGCGUGGAAACUGACGUGGUUUUCUGCUUCUAUUCUUCUUUUAUACCAGUCUGGCCAUUGUCUUCAAUCCAAACAUAUCCCAAACAUCCUGUUUCUGUGGAAACCUUGUAUACAGUGCUUAACUUUUACUACAUCCACUAUUGACACAUACAUUUGUAUGUUGAUUAUAUAAGUAGAAUGUGCUUAGAAUCAAAAUAUUCAGGGACCAAGUAGUCAUUACUAUAGAAAGCCUGAUUAUACCGCUAUAAUGCUCCUGCCGUGUGGAGAAGUUGAAUGAACCUCAGCGGUUUGUUACGACCCCGAUGACGUCACACGAGUCCCGUAUUUGACAACCGAAACAGGAAGUGUUUCAAGCAAGGCUAAGCUCUUCAGUCCCUUCUCCCGGUCUCUGUAAAUUGGAUUUAGUCUUCGGUGGCAAAAUGUCCAAGGAGGUGCCGAGAGUGAGCGAUGCGACAGUGAUUAAUGGUCGUGUUUUCCUCGAGGCAGAAGGUCAGAGCAGGUAUUCGGGCCGGUACACAGGCAGCGAGCAGAAUGAUCUCAGGGCAAGAGCACGACCUCCCGGGACCUCUAACACCACGUCUGAAUCUCAGGCUGGAUUGGAUACAGCACCAGAGGCAGCACUAGUGGAUGACUGUGAGAGGCUGGGUACUUUGUUUGGGAUGUUCAAUAAGUGCCUGAGAGGCAUGGGCUUCACACAGUUCUACUUUGGGGAGAAGAUUGUAGAGCCUGUGGUGGUGCUCCUCUUCUGGCUGCUACUCUGGUUCCUUGGCAUCCAGGCUCUGGGUCUUGUAGGAACUCUUUGUAUUAUCAUCAUAUACAUCCAGAAGUAGUGGCCUAAACAGGAUGGAAUGAUUAGGUUCUUUGUGUCUUGGCGUGAUCUAACACAGGUUAGCAUACUGAAUGUCCAUUUAUAAUGAAAAGCAUUCUAACAUAUGAUGGGUUUAGGCCUCUCUCCUUUGUGAGCCUCAAAUGACUGCAUACGUAUACAGUGCCAUGCAAAAGUAUUCAACCUUUAUAAAGCUUUUAUAUAUGCUUUAAUUAUUUUGUUGGUUAAAAUAAACCUUUUGUAUGAGUUCAAUUAAAACACUUUUACAUAGCACUGUAAAUGGGGAUGGGACUAGGUAGGAAGUUUCAGAAAGCUGAUAUUGAAGGUUUUCUUAUCAUCUAUGCACUAAUUUAGAUGUUUUUGAUCUGCAUCAAUUUGUAUUGACUGUUGAGUGAGUACAUAUUCAUAACUAGCAUGGAUGUUAAUGAAAAAAAGCACUUUAGGAAGAGGAACAUGAUACUAAUUUACCUUAUUAAAACAAAAAGAGACAUAUCAAUCAUACAUUUUCUUGAAAAUUUAAUUAAUAGUUCUCUCUGUCUUUUUUAUUUGUUAUUUUAUCUCAUUGCCCUUGUAGUUUUUUUCUGUGCAUUCUCCACACAAGUGCACUAGAGGGCAACCUCUUCCUGCUCCCUAUCUCCUGGAAAAGCGAUCAAGAAAUGAUCUCUUUGUAACAAAUAGUAAAGAAUAGUUGAUAAAAGUCAAAAUGUACCAAUGCAUGGCAUGUCAUUCACAUUCUGGCAUGGGAACUGUAUGUAAAACAAAUGAUUCAUACUUAAUGCUUAUAUGAAUUGAGCAUUUAAAUUAUGGUAUGUAAGUGCAAAUGUGUGUACAUGUGUGGGCCCCUGUGUUUUCAUGCUUUGCACCCAGUGUUCCUGGGAUAGGCUCUGGAUCCACGACAACCUUGAUUAGGAUUACUAAAGAUUAAUGGAUGGGUGAAUGAAUAAUUAACAUGAUCUCCUUCUGUGUUCUGCUGAUAAACGUAUUUGUCCACAUAAAUGUAUUAUUAUUGCAUAAUUGCUCUCAGUAUUAUGAGAAGGUGUAUAUUCAUAUGAUUCUUACAUAACAUCAAGAAUUGCAAAUGUAAAAAUCAUUCUAGAAGUAAUACAUUAAAACAAAACCAUGACCUGUCCAUACUGAUGCUUAAAAAUAAAUAACCGGCUAAUUUCUGUUCUUUAAAAGAGACAACUUUUGAAUGGAAGAUAAGUUAAGCUGUAAGACCAUUUACAGCUGUCUCACAAUCUUAAAAUUAUUUGUGAAUAAAUGUGAUCUUUAACUGCAGAGUUGUCUGAGUUACAGCUGUAACACAGGCAUAUGUUUUGGUUAUGAUUGUAAUUCACUAAAAUGAUGAGGACAUUUCCUCUUUCUAUGUAAAAAAAAAUGUGAUCAUUGGCAGUUUACAGCUGUACCUUAUACCUCAUUUAGCAGACUUUGUGCCAUAAUUUAGAUCAUUAUUUAUUCCGACUUGCUGCAUUUUCUAUCAGCUCUUUUGGGAAAUUUUAUUUGUAAGUAGGCAAUUGUUAUAUACUUGACUUCUGUACCUGCAGUCAACUGUGGCUUAAUAUUUGGCUAUCUAAAUAAAAGCUAUGUUUUUAAAGAA